GGAUCAAGUCCCGGAGCGCAAGCGAGCGGGCCACACCGCGCGGGCAGCGCCCGAGCCGUCCCGCACCCCGCCCAGGGAUGCCCCGGCGCCCCGGAGCGCAGGCAGCGGCCGCCGCAUGGUGAGGCGACUGCGGGACAAGCGACUGCCAGGAGCUCCUGCUGCUACCACCACCAACCCCCAUGGCCUACACGCCAGGUGGGGGUGCCCCUGUGGCAGGGGCGGCCCCCAUAAGCUCCCAGUACUGCGUGUGCAAGGUGGAGUUGUCUGUGAGUGGCCAGAACCUGCUGGACCGGGACGUCACCUCUAAGUCUGACCCUUUCUGUGUCCUCUUCACAGAGAAUAACGGCAGGUGGAUGGAGUACGACAGGACAGAAACGGCCAUCAACAACCUCAACCCGGCAUUCUCCAAGAAGUUUGUCCUUGACUACCACUUUGAGGAGGUGCAGAAGCUCAAGUUUGCCCUGUUUGACCAGGACAAGUCCAGCAUGCAGCUUGAUGAGCACGACUUCCUGGGCCAGUUCUCUUGCAGCCUGGGCACAGUGAGCAGGACCCCUCCUGGUGCAGAUAGCCUGGAGAGCCAACAGGCACUGGGAGGACAUAGCCAGAUUGUCUCCAGCAAGAAGAUCACUCGGCCUCUGCUACUGAUGAAUGACAAGCCAGCGGGGAAGGGCUUGAUUACGAUUGCUGCUCAGGAGCUGUCAGACAACCGGGUCAUCACGCUGAGCCUGGCAGGCAGGAAGCUAGACAAGAAGGACCUCUUUGGGAAGUCAGACCCAUUUCUCGAGUUUUACAAACCAGGGGACGAUGGCAAAUGGAUGCUGGUCCACAGGACUGAGGUGAUCAAGUAUACGCUGGACCCUGUGUGGAAGCCAUUCACUGUGCCAUUGGUGUCCCUGUGUGAUGGGGACAUGGACAAACCCAUCCAGGUCAUGUGCUAUGACUAUGACAAUGAUGGAGGCCACGAUUUCAUCGGCGAGUUCCAGACAUCGGUGUCACAGAUGUGUCAGGCCCAUGACGGUGUCCCACUGGAGUUGGAGUGCAUCAACCCUAAGAAGCAGAGGAAGAAGAAGAGCUACAAGAACUCGGGCAUCAUCAUCCUGCGUUCCUGCAAGAUACACCGAGACUACUCCUUCCUAGACUACAUCCUGGGAGGCUGCCAGCUCAUGUUCACCGUUGGAAUAGACUUCACAGCUUCCAACGGGAAUCCCCUGGACCCUUCAUCUUUGCACUAUAUCAACCCCAUGGGUACUAAUGAAUACCUGUCGGCCAUCUGGGCUGUGGGGCAAAUCAUUCAGGACUAUGACAGUGAUAAGAUGUUUCCGGCUCUAGGAUUUGGGGCCCAGCUACCCCCAGACUGGAAGGUCUCCCACGAAUUUGCCAUCAACUUCAACCCCACCAACCCUUUCUGUUCAGGCGUAGACGGUAUCGCCCAGGCAUACUCAGCCUGCCUGCCCCACAUCCGCUUCUAUGGCCCCACCAAUUUCUCCCCGAUUGUCAACCACGUGGCCCGGUUCGCGGCUCAGGCCACACAGCAGCAAACGGCCACGCAAUAUUUCAUCCUACUCAUCAUCACGGAUGGUGUCAUCAGUGACAUGGAGGAGACGCGGCACGCGGUGGUGCAGGCUUCCAAGCUGCCCAUGUCUAUCAUCAUCGUGGGUGUGGGCAAUGCUGACUUUGCUGCCAUGGAGUUUCUAGACGGGGACAGCCGCAGGCUUCGCUCCUACACUGGCGAGGAAGCAGCCCGUGACAUUGUGCAAUUCGUGCCCUUUCGAGAGUUCCGCAAUGCAGCAAAAGAGACUCUGGCCAAAGCUGUGCUGGCGGAGCUGCCCCAACAAGUUGUACAGUAUUUCAAGCAUAAAAACCUGCCCCCCACCAACUUGGAGCCUGCCUGAGCCCGUGCCUAGCAGCAGCAGAAGCAUGCCACCCUCCCCAGGAACGUGCAUGCUCACCCUGCUUCCUUGUGGGUGGCAUUUUUUACCAAUCCACAUUUUUAUUUUUUACAAUCAGACCUUGGUCCCCACCCACCCCCAGCCUAGCUGGGCUGUGUCCAAGUCAACUGAUGAUGCUUCCAAGCCAAACUGGCAAACCAGCUUCCUCCCCAUCCCAUCCCCCUUGCUGCCCUUAAGUAUUGAAUGUACUUUGUAUAAUUUUAGUGGAAUUAUUGUUAUUAAAAAGAAUAAAAUUUUUACAGUCAUAACUGGCUUUGUCCAAUAACUAGCUGCAAAAAGGAACGUGUCCCUGGUGCACACUUUGUGUCAUUGCCUGCACCCAAUUCCUGCUGUUUUUUAUACUGUGACUAUGUCCUAUUUGUUAUACUCAGGGUAAUAAAGGAGUUUCAGAUGC